AUGAUCAACAAGCCCGUGGGCGCGGAGCGGCACUGUUCAAGCACGGCCUUGGCUUUGGCGGGCCCACCACAGGCACCACAGCUUGUAUGGUCAACCUCCGCCGCGUCUUCAUCGGGUAAAGAUGCGGGCUCAGGUCAUGCGGGGCAGCACUACGGAAGCGGCUAUCCUCCGCAUCCGCAGCAGGCGCCGCCGCCAGGAGCGCCGCCGCCGCCACAGCAGCAUCACCACCAUCAUCACCACCAACAACAACAUCCUCCGCCACCGUACCCGCCGCCGUACCCGGGGGCGACUCAGCCGCCGCCGCCGGCGAGCUACAUGCCCGGGUAUGCGCCGCCAGGGGCGCCGCCGUCGGGCUAUCCCCCCGGCUACGGGCCGCCGCCGCCACCCGCCGUACGGGCCCCGCUGCCACCCCCGCCAGGCUACCCCGCCCUCGGGUAUCCCCCGCCAGCCUACCCCCCGCACUACCCGCCGCGACCGCAGCAUCCUUCUACCGGGCCGUACGGGCCCUACCCGCCGCCGCUGCAUGGACACCCCCCGCCGUACGGCACGCAGCAGCCGCCGCCGUCAGGAAUCCACGUCGGCGACACAGAUUGGCAAGAGGUGGAGUGCGCGGACGGCCGGGUCUACUUCUACAACGAAACAACCGAGGAGACCUCCUGGGCGGUUCCGGAGCCGGUGGCCGCAUUCCGGCGGCAGCAGCAGGAAGCGGAGGCGGCUAAGCGCCGGGAGGAGGAUGAGAAGAGGAGGGUCGCGCGGGCGGAGGCGGAAGCGGCGGUGGCGGCGGCGGCGGCAGCGGCACGGCAACGCGCAGGAGGUGGAGGUGGUGGAGGCGGACCCAUUCCCCCCCUGGCUGCGGCUGCGGCUGGUGUGUGUGUUUUCUCCCCCGCCGGUCACCCGCUGUUCCCCUCCCGGCCCCCCGUCAGCAAGGACGAGCUGGCGGCCCGUUUUAAGGAGCUCCUCUUGGACAAGGGGGUGACCCCCUUCUCCAGGUGGGAGAGGGAGCUGCCUAAGCUGGAGGCGGAUAAACGGUGGAAGGGGCUCUCGGCACUAACAUUAAAGGAGAAGCGGUUAGCGUUUGAUGAGUUUUGCAGGAGUACGGCAGCUGAGCAGAAGCAGCUCAAGGAGCAACGAAUUGCGGCGUCACUGGCGGGUUUCAGGCAGCUUCUGGAUGACGUAUUGGUUCUGGAGCGACAUGUACGACAACAGGCCAGGGCGGAGGAGCGGGAGGCGAGAGCUGCAGCACGGGAGGAGGGCGAGGACGACGGCGAGGAGGGCGGUACGGACAGCGGCCGCCACCGCCACCGCCACCGCCGCCGCCGCCGCCGCGGCGGCGGCGGCAGCAGCCGCCAGUCCUCUCGGCGAUAUCGCGAGAACAGCGGCCUGGACGGCGAUGACGGCGACGCCAAGGCGGCCGCGGCGGCGGCGGAUGCGGCCGGAGCUGGGAAAUCUGGUGCAGACAAGGACAUGGAAGAUGUGGAAGCGGUGGAGAAGGAGGAGAAGAAGGAGAAGAAGGAGGAGGGGAUGGAUGAUGAUGUGUAUGUGGAGGAGGAGGAGGAGGAGGAAGAGGAGGAGGAGGAGGAGGAGGAGGACCUCUCAGAGGCGGCUCUGGCCACCAGUCUGACGCUGGAUUACGUGGGGCGGUACUGGGCGAAUGACGACCGCUGGGCGGCCGUGUCGGAGGGGGUUCGUCAGCAGCUGUUUGAAGAGCGGUUCGGCGCGGCUCAGGCGGCUGCCCGUAAGGCCCGUGAGGCGGCGGAGGCGGCUGUGCAGGAGAGCUUCUUCGCGCUGUUGCGGGAGAGGGGUGUGACGGCAACGAGCAGUCUGUUCAGCAGCAGCAGCCGUACGCUGGGCCGACGGUGCCGCGUGGCGGCGGUGGUAAAGGAUCGUCAGGACACGGCCACGAUGCGGCGGCGGGAGGUGUACGGCGGCAGAGAAGAGCGGGGUGAUCGCGGGCGGGGAGGGGAACAGGACAGAGGGAGGGCGUACGACCAACAUGAUCGGGAGUACGACAGAGACCGGGAUCGAGACCGUGAGAGGGACCGGGAGUACGACAGAGAUCGGGACCGGGAGUACGACAAGGACCGCGAUCGGGAUCGCGAACGCGGCGGCCGGGAUCGAGAUCGGGAUCGAGAUCGGGACCGCGGUGAACGUGACGCGAAGAAGCGGUCCAGCUCCACCCAUCCAGGAGCCACAACGCACAACUCAAACAAGGUAUUGGUCAUUACCUUCCACCGUGUCCCGGCGACCGCUCUCACCAAAAAGAACCUGCCCCCCCCACAACGUUUGCUACUCUCUUGCCCUGAGCAGCUUCAAUCCCCAAACACCCAAAGUCGCUCCCGGCCAGACUGGGGGGCCGCUCCGAAACUGGGCCUUGGUGACCGCGAUCUCCAUAUCCUGGUUGGUAUGCGGGGGGAGGGAGACGAACCAAGACGAACCACGAACGGGGGAGAGGAAGGGAGGGCAUUGGCGGUGGUGGUGUUCUUGUGGGGCGGUGGUAGUGGCGGUCGGGUUCGUCGUUUCUGUGUACAAGAACACAUGGGGUUAACCAUAAGUAGAGCAAAGGAACAAAUUAGUGUGAGCCCCCCUUCAGGGUUUUGCUCAAUCCGUGAAAACAUUUCCGUCAUCAUGAUCAUGAGCUCCCGAGGGGUGGACAACUUGGCAAGGUCCGCAAAGCUCAUCGUGGACGGGUCCCCAAACACGGAGGACGGGGAGGACGAGCUGCCGCGCUCGCCCCCACCACUGCCGCCCCCGCCGGACUCCUGA